AUGUCUCUUCCCACCACCCUCGCCGAGCUGGUCGAGCUCGUCGACUUCAACCAGCAGAGCCUCUUCAAAUACCGGACCAAGUUUCUCAGCCGCGCCCUCGGUGGCAACUACCGGGCAUGCUACGCCCUCGCCGUGACCAUCUUCUCGCUCGGCCUGUUCCGUGACUUCCUCUUCGAGCGUGCCCUGCGCGACCAGCCCUCGCAUCCCGCCCUCGAAGGGCCCCUUGUGAACUACGCCGCCUAUGCGUUGCUGGCCAUCGGAAACCUCUUCGUCAUCUCCUCUACGUGGCAGCUGGGCAUUACGGGAACCUUCCUGGGCGACUACUGUGGCAUCCUCAUGGAUGACAUCGUAACGGGCUUUCCCUUCAACGUCACCAACGCCCCGAUGUACUAUGGCGCGACCAUGAGCUUUUUGGGCACUGCCCUGCUCUACGGGAAGCCGGCCGGCAUCCUCUUGACCCUGCACGUACUGAUCGUGUACCUAGUCGCCAUCCAAUUCGAGAACCCUUUCACCGCAGGCAUCUACGCCAAGCGCGACAAGGAGAGGGCCAAGGCCGCCGGGAAGCCGUACGAGGGCAAGAAGGAGCUCUAA